AUGGGCGAAGCAGACCGCAUUGGGCCAGACACGAGCCCCAAGAAGACCCUCGCCGAUCGUAUGAACAGCAUCCGCAAGACCUUCUUCACCAAACACGGUCUGGUUGGCGACUAUGACUAUGCAUUCCUUUUCCGGCCCAACCUCCCCUUUCUCAAGAAGCAUCGUCGCGCAUCCCCGUUCUUCGGCCUCCAUGACCCUAUGCCCAUUGUUCUGGCGCUCUUGCUGGGCUUUCAGCAUGCUCUGGCCAUGUUGGCCGGUAUCAUGACGCCGCCCAUUAUCCUCGCCGGUCAAGGAGGUGUCAAUUUGCCCGCCGACUAUCAGCAAUAUCUUGUCAGCACCUCUUUGAUCGUGUGCGGAAUACUGUCCUCAAUUCAGAUUACGCGGUUCCAUAUCUGGAGGACGCCGUAUUAUGUUGGCACUGGCUUGAUUUCGGUCGUGGGAACAUCCUUUGCAAUUAUCCCCGUCGCCACCGGCGCUUUCGCGCAGAUGUAUGCGAACGGCAAGUGUCAAUUGGAUGCCGAUGGAAAUCGCUUGCCCUGCCCCGACGCCUAUGGUGCGCUCAUUGGCACAUGUGCGCUCUGUGCUUUGGUGGAAAUCGCACUUUCUUUCUUGCCACCGAAGGCGCUGCGGAACAUCUUCCCGCCCAUUGUCACCGGUCCAACUGUUAUUCUCAUCGGUGUGUCUCUGAUCGAGUCGGGCUUUCAAGACUGGGCUGGCGGAGCCGGCUCUUGCGCCGCGCGUCCAGACAGCGGGCCCUUCACCGUCUGUCCUCAGGUGGGUGCUCCGCAUGCUCUCCCCUGGGGAAGCGCCGAAUUCAUCGGACUGGGCUUCCUGGUGUUUGUGACCAUCUUGAUCUGUGAACGCUUCGGAUCUCCCAUCAUGAAAUCCACCAGCGUCAUCAUCGGUCUGUUGACUGGUUGCAUUGUGGCCGCAGCCACUGGAUACUUUGAUGAUUCAGGAAUCAAUGCCGCUCCUGUCGGCUCCUUCAUCUGGGUCAAGACAUUCAAGCUCUCACUCUAUGGACCCAUCGUCUUGCCAAUCAUGGUUGUCUUCAUUAUCUGCGCUUGCGAAGCUAUUGGCGAUAUUACCGCCACUUGUGAUGUCUCACGACUCGAGGUCGAAGGCCGAGAAUUCGAGUCUCGCAUCCAGGGAGGCGUUUUAGCCGAUGGGCUCAAUGGAUGCCUGGCUGCCUUGAUGACCAUCACCCCCAUGUCGACAUUCGCCCAGAACAACGGUGUUAUUGCCCUAACCCGCUGUGCAAACCGCAAGGCGGGUUACUUCUGCUGCUUCUUCCUUAUUGUGGCGGGCGUGUUCGCCAAAUUCUCCGCAGCACUUGUGGCCAUCCCAUCACCAGUCCUUGGAGGCAUGACGACCUUCCUCUUCUGCGCAGUAGCCGUAUCUGGGAUGGCAAUUGUGAACCGGGUCCCUUUCAACCGCCGCACGCGGUUCAUCCUCACUGCAUCGUUGGCACUCGGAUACGGAGCCACCUUGGUCCCCACGUGGUUCAGCUAUGUGUUUACCUAUGACGGAGACAACCACGCGCUGCGAGGUUUCUUCGAUGCCAUUGUCCUGAUCUGCGAGACGGGCUUUGCCAUCACCGCCAUGGUCUCUAUGAUCCUCAACUUGACGUUGCCCGAGGAAAUCGAAGAUAUCCCGGCUGAGGAGGGGCCGAAAGACAUGGACGAGGAAGGGCGAUCCGAGGCCGCAAGCUCGGCGGAUGAGGGUGCCCUCAAGAAGAUCCAGAUGGAUGUGCCCACCAAGGAGGUUGUGUAA